AUGCUCGCAUUGUUGCUCGCCGUCGUGGCGCCGGGCGCCUCCGCGGCCCUGGCCUGCGCGGCCAACGGCGGCGGCGACCUCAAGGCCCAUCUCCUCGAGGACUACGACCCGACGAUCAUCCCCGACGCGCCGCUGGCGCUGGAGAUCCACCCGUCCAUUUUUAAAAUCCAGGUCAACGCGGCGGACAAGACCGUGGACGUCGUCGCCUGGUGGCGCCACUACUGGACCGACGCGCGCCUCAGCUGGGACCCGAAGGACUGGAACAACGUCACCGAGUUCGUCGCGUACCACGAGGAGGACAAGGAGAUCUGGGUCCCGGACACGGGCGUCCUCGAGUCGUCGCCGAGCGAGUACACGUACCUCUCGGACGUGAACAGCGCGACGGCGCAGGUGUCGCACGAGGGCCGCGUCUUCCUGUCGCGGCCCCUGCACCUCACGCUGUUCUGCGACAUGGACCUCGCGCUCUUCCCCUUCGACAAGCAGCGCUGCGACUUCACGGUGGGCGCCUGGGCCUACGACGGCCUCGGCGUCGAGAUCUGGCCGUCGCGUGGCGGCCGGGACCUCCGCGACAGCACGUGGCUGGACCUCGAUUCCCUGGGCGAGAUCGAGGAGUACGACCUCGUCAAGGUCCUCGCGGACCGGGCCGAGACGUACUACUCCUGCUGCCCGGGCACGCCCUACUACGCGCUGCGGUACACGCUCGUGCUGAAGCGGCGGUCGCGGUUCUAC